UUGAAAGUGAUGAUAAUAUUGUAUUUUGGAUUAUUCUUCCUUCCUUUUGUGUCGUGCUAAUAUUAUUUACUUGUAAUUAUAAUGACAUCAUAAACAACCACAGUGAAGGAUAUUGGUGCUGUUUAUUAUUUUUAUGCUAAGUAUGCCUUUAUAAGUAUCUGCUACUGGAGUUAAUAUUUCGAAAUGUCUUGUCAAGUGGAACAAAUAGCUGAUUGUGGCGAUAUAUCCAGUGUAGGAAGAGCUCUGUUUAUACUGGAGAAAGAAGAUACGAAGUGGCUGCCACAAUGUUCUAUUUCAUUGUCUUCUUGCGGUAGUUUAUUGGCUGUUGGGCAUAAAACUCGCCUGUGUUUACUUACUAAUCAAUGGAUAAGUCUAACAAACAGCAACACAUUCAUUAUCUCAUGGAGUGGAACACUGCCAUCAGAAAUAACAGUGGUUCUGGCAUUACCUAUAUGCCCCCUGCAACAAUCGUCUCAGAAUGGGCCUGACUGGUUUUGCAUAAUUGUUGGGUUUAAGAAUGGCAGCAUUGGAUUCUAUACAAAUACUGGACACUUAUUACUGCUUGAAAAAUUGGAUGAUAAGCCUAUAUUGAAAAUAUCUUGCCACACUGGAACUUAUGGAACAUUACCUGAUGAUAUACAUGUGCUUUUUCAAAGUUGUGAAUGCAUAAUCUCAGGAUCAAGCUUAUACCAGACACUCAGGAAUGCCAAAGCACAACUAGCCAGAGUACGAGCUGGUAUCCAGGGGGACUAUUCAGUGGAUAGUCGUAACAUCAGUAUACGAAAAUGGGUGUUCUCUGAACAGGAAGUUAUUAAUGAUGCAGCAGUAGUAGGACUAGAUCUCAAAAACACUUAUGAUCAUCUGUUGGCAGCAUCCACAUAUGGGGGAUAUGAUGUUUGGUACCGAUCCGUACCUCCCGUAAAUACGUUGAUACUUGGUGCCGGCGUCAAGCCGUACAUUGGCUUUCACUACGCUUUAGAAGGAGGAACUACACCCCCUCUCCAAGACGUAGCUAGAGCCGUUGCAAAUAAAAUCAAAUCUGCACUUCCGGGCUGGCUCGGCGGAGGCUCUACAGAAAACACAACAGUUGGGAACGAACCAUUAAUUCGUUCGGAGGCUUUAUCAAUGCGGAACGGCUUAUAUGACAGCCAGCGUCACGGCAGCCUGGUGGCCGUCUCGCCGGACCGACGACUCGCUGCUAUUGUGGAUAGUUUCGGACGUGUCGCCGUUCUAGACGUUACGCGAGGGCAUUUAAUUAGAUUAUUCAAAGGCUGCAGAGAUGCUCAGUGUGCAUUUGUCCAAAUAUUUGAAAUGGAUGACAAGAAACCUCAACUGUCUGUUGUUAAGGAAUUGAAAAGAGCAAUAUUUUUAAUUAUUUAUAACCCCAAAAAGGGCCUCAUAGACAUACGAUUAAUGCAAAAAGGCAAUAGAGUAGCAGCCUUCACUGCAACUAAAAAUGGGCUACUUUUGUAUAAUACCUGUGGUCUGGUUGGUGCUGAGAAAAACUAUUCCAGCAAAAAACUCAAUCUUCCCGAAUUUCAAUGUGUCUUAAUUGACCCGGACGGGAAAUUGAAAAAGUUUAAUAUUCCAUUUUAUUAUGCCUUGGAGGGAGAGCAUUCCCAAAGGUCUAAAGAUCUGCAUGCUUUAAGAGAACUCCGUGAGCAUCUGAAAAAAGCAUCAACUGAAUCCGACGAUUUUGACGAUGAAUUGAUAAAAAAAGCCAUGGAAUUAAAAACUUUGAACCUUAAAAAGCACUGCUUAGAUAUGUUAGUAAGAAAAUAUGAUAUUUCUCCAAAAAUUGUUAUGAAAUGUCUUAGUUUAUUUUGGGAUAGUAUUGAAGACGAUGAACUUAAUGCCCAAGAAAUGGAUAUCAAACACUACUUCGGAAAUCUUGCGCUAGCUACUUUGUUCUUCAGACGUAUUAAUGGAGAAGAUACAAGCGAUAUGGAGGAUUUAACUACUAAAAUACACGCAUUUAUAAACUUGGAUAUGGAAAUAAAUGACGCCAAAAACUUUGAGCCUACUGAAAAUAGUCAAGCUCUAUGCUUUGAUCUUUUAGAGGAUGACAAUUGUAUAUUAGAGCGAUUGUUGACUUUAGCCCAAGAAAAUAAUUACAAGGAACACCAUCACGCCAGAGUCACUUUUGCCACAAACAACUCCAGUACAUACAAAGAGUUCAUUUCGUGUUUUAAUUUAGAUGACAACCUUAAAUACAUAUCCUUGAAAUUCGAUUCUACUGAAGAUCGUAUAAAUAAUCUAUCUGGAAUAACGUUUAAAUCUAUCUUUAAAUUGAAAGACGUUACGAAAUUAAGUGAGUUUAUCAAAGAGUGUAACGUGGAUGUAAAGGAGAUAGUAAAACUAUUAAUUAUGCAUUUAAUGAACAUGCCUUUAGAAGAAAUAAGUCUCGAGCUCAUUGAAAAAUUCAUACAAGUACUGUACUACGCCUGUUACGGCACAGAAGAAGCGACACACAUAGAGUAUAAUGAAAUAUCACCGUGGUGGCAAGAUAUUCGCCAAAUGUUAGUUGACAUGCCUUGUCCUUUGAGGAGCAUGAUAGUCGCGAUGGCUUGCAAAGCUGUUAGUAGAAUUUUCGAAAUAAAACGCCAGGAAAUUGAAGAUGAUGUGUGGGAAUCUGUAACAAAAGAAAAUGCUACAUGGGGAAUACUAAUUGGUAAGCUAGAGGAUAUUUCUAUCCUUAGUAUAAUCCUCCUAUUUAAAGACUCUUUCAGUGGGAAUUCUUUACCAAAAUUACAAAUGACUGAAUUUAAUAUAAAUCUCAAAUACGUUUACACAAGGGGCAAAGGAUCUGUAACUGAACUAAUAGCCAAGUGGCUGUGUGGUAUGGGCGUUGUCCCAGAAGCUGUAGUGGCUAACGAAUUGCUAGAAAAAUAUUCCAGUAUGGGUGUGGAAUUGCCUGAAGCAAACGAUGACAACGAUGCAGACUAUCUCUUUAUAGAAAACAAUCGACUAUAUGUCGACGAAAACCCUAAGAUUUUCAAGUGGUUCUCCUUGCUACGACAGCAAUUUCCAUUGAGUACAUCAGCAGACUACAUAAUAGCAAACAUGUGCUGGGAAUAUUCUAUGGCUUGGCAGAAAUCUAUGCAAACUUGCGAAUUUCUUAAAGUAGUCCUGCAAUGUCUGCUAUGCAUAUCGGACUUGCAUAUCAGAUUAGGUUUAUUUUCUAUAAUAUGGUCCACGUAUAUUAAGCAGAUUUUUGAAGUGGCAUGUCGCUUGGUGAACAAAGUCGGUAGAUUGCCAAAAGAUCCUUUGUGUCUCCAAGACGUGGGCUUUGAUAGCAUGACCAUGGUAAAAUUUCUUCAAAUUUCAUGUAUAUAUUUAGAUAAUUUCCUAAAGUGUUCCACUGUAGCAAUCAAUCAAAAUAAAACGAACAUUCAGUAUGAGAAAAUUUGGGAUGAAAGCAUGCCAUCUCUUGUGGAAGUGGCGCAAGACAACAAGAAAACCAAUAAUGAUAUACUAAAUUUGAACCAUCAAAUAUCGUGCACAGUGUACUACAUGUGCCAUUUCAAUGUAAAAAUUUCAAAACCGCUUGAUAGUUUGUACGAUAUUGACUACCAGUAUAUAUUUGAUGCAUUAAACGACAGUACACAAAACAGAGAAGUUAAUAUGAAAGCAUCUGAAAAACUGAGAAACCCUAGAAUGAAGUUCUUGACCAAGCUCAUUCGAUCCGCUGUGGAAACAAUAACUACAUCGGAAUCUAACGGACCAUAUGUAUCUUACAACAGCGAAGAAUGUCUUGUUUGGAUUGAGCGAAUCACUCUUCUAGCAGAAUUAUGGAACAUCGAAAACGACUUUGUGAGGCGUCAGCAGGUUAUUUCUUUAUACCAUCUCGGUUAUGAUUCGUUGGCUGAAAAUAUAAUAGGUUUCCUCAAACAACCUGAAGUAGUCUUGCCACCACUUUUAGCUAUUACCACGCAAAGAUUCAAAAGAAGUUUGGAACAAUCUAAUAAUCAGCCGGAAUGGAUAGUUACGAUGCCACCUCAGCUUUACAAACGACUUCAAAAUACUGUAUUAGAUACUUCAAUACCAGCACAUCCCUCAAUGGCCACCACAAAAGCAGUACUAGAAAAAAUGCUUUUGCAAAUUGAUAAGAAAAUUGCCAACAGUUCAGCUAACUCUCAAAAUAUCAAAACCACAGAACUUUUAAUAGAAAGUUGCGAGGUGUUGAUAAGGCGUAAACUAUAAGUUUGUAUAAUAUUUCCAAAUCCAAUAUGAAAUAAUUAAAAGGUGUAUUUGUUAUUGCAACAUA